AUGCCGCUCGAUUUUACACAUGUUUUGCAUGUAACUCCUGCAAUUGAACCAUAUAAGAUCAAAGUUAGAGUUGUUCGACUGUGGGGAUUUCCGAAAAAAGAUAAACCAAACGAAUUUACAGGAAUCGAUAUGCUCCUUGUAGAUGAUAAGGGGGCAAAGACUAAUGYUGCAGAUAUAUUCAUUGACAUUAUCGGUGAGAUUAUUGGGAUGAAUGAAGUUAAGGAUAUCACUACCACCGUUGAUGGCCCAACAAAACUACUUAAUCUUCGACUUAAGGAUCUCGGGGAUUCACUUGUUGAUGUUGCCAUAUGGGAAAACUUGCAGAAGAUAUACACUCUCAAAUUGAAAACUUCAAAAACUGAUUUUUCUUUAUCUGACAAGAAAACAAUCAGCCAACUCAGAGAACUAGACACGGGCACGAUAGGCAAUGUACAUGCAUCAAUAUCUUGCAUAGAGUCAAAAACCUCUUGGUUUUACAUCGGUUGUACAGUUUKCUAUACGAAARUUACUCCUUAUUUCAAUCCUGACACUGAAGAAACAGAGCCCAAUAAGUUUUCUUGUGAGAAAUGCAAAAAACAAAUUGCAUCGACACAACCCAGGUUUAAGUUGGCAAUUAGAGCAAUGGACAAUAGUGCUAGCACUUAUUUUAUUUUAUUUGACGAUAUAGUCAUUCCACUCAUUAGAAAAUCUGCAUAUGAGUUGCUUGAGGAACAAGUCCAGUUUAACCGAUCUGAYGAAACUCCUCAAGAGCUGCUUGAUCUUAAUGGUCGAAUUUAUGUUUUUAAGCUCMUGGUUAAAGAAUCAGCAACAUACAAUCGCUCUWCUACAUACAGAGUUUUAAGCCUUACUGAURAUCCUGACACAGUUAAAAAAUUUGCUGACUGUGAUCACACUUUGGCUCUUGAACAGGAAAUAGUUUCAGUAUCUGUAAUUUCAGCUGAAAAUUCAACUCAGACUGAUAAUAUWUCUUCUGAAGCUGAAAACUUAGACAAUGCUGCUUCUAACGUGUCUAUGCUAACUCCAACGACUAAAAGAUCAUUACCUUCCUCUGAGAUUGAUGGUGUUCAACAAUCAUCAACAAAGCCUAAAUUGAUGUCCAAGAGUCAAGUUAAGAAGGAAAGAAAGUGA